AUGAUGCCGCCGCCACACGUGCCCGUCAACGCACCAACCGAACUUGAGCUGUCGUCCAACCAUAUCAGCGCCCACUUCACGGCAGAGACGAGUGGCGGUUCUGGCUCUGUCCAGGUCAGCGGCGACGUGCGCGCUCCAAGUGGCAUUGCUCGACCCGAGCCAUGCCAUGUGGUGGAGAAGCUGUCUGCGCUGUCAGGUUCCAAAUUGAGCCGUCUUCCCGCUGGCAGGGAUCAGGGUGGUGACGCUUUGUUCGAUUCUAGCCCUUCAUCCCCCUAG